UCUGCAAUUUCUUCGCUUCUCUCUCGUGAAGGAAUCAUGUCAGAAGAGCUUAUCGACCAAUCACCACCGUCCUCGGUUCCUGAACCGGGCCCGAAUUCGGUAAUCCACCCAAGGCGGGAGCCGUUCGAGCAUGGUCUCCUCCCGAUCCAGAAGCCCAUUUUCACCGACCCCAUCCAAAGCCUAGCUCCGGUGAAGCAGAAGCUCGCGGCCGCUGCGUCGAACAAUCGCGUUGGAUCGGUUGCUCUUUCCGACGCCCUCCAGAUCUCCGGCGACCAUGCGCGCCUCGUCCUCGAGACCCUCGCGUCGGUUCUCCAUUCCGACUCCGACUCUCUUGUUCGGGCAAAAUCUGAAGAAGUUGAUUCGGUCGGAGCUGAUAUCCGUGAUCUAGUUUUGUUCCUGUACAUUCAAUCGUAUAAGAAGUUGCUGCCUAGGACGCGCAAGGACUCCGCCGCGGUUGCCGAUGUCUGGCCAUCCACUUCCGCUUUCGAUGGAUACUUGUCUGCGUUAUCGCCAAUUCAGCUUGUUCGCAGCAACAGCCGUCGCUUUAUGCCAUCACAGGCUGAUGAAGAAGCUCAUCAGUUAACAAAUCUGCAGAAGCACUUGGCAAACAUUAUUUCACUUCUUGCAGAACCUGUGGAAGGAGAAGGAGACGAAUCUUUGGUCUUGUCUAUGGAGGGUUUUGAGCAUCUAGGUUUUCUGGUUCAAUUUGGUGAUAAGGGAUCUGAUGAAGCUCCCUUGGGCCAGGCUACUCCGUUUUUUGUGAAUUCAGAUCCUGACAUGCCUGCUGUCCCUGUCCCUGCUUCCCAAGUGCAUGAUUGGCUGCUGCAAAAUAUAGCUUCCGCUUUAGAAAGCAUUACUGAAAGAAUUUCUGGGAAAGAGAAUGGGCCAUCUAAUUCAUCUGAUCAAGAUGAUGCCAUGACUGAUGCUUGUGCAUCUGCCAAUAAGGCUUUGCCUAGUGCUAGAGGUCCGUGUUUCGUAGAGGGAGUUUCUAAGUCUUCAUUUGUUAAACAGGCCUCAGAUCUUAGAGGUAAACCUGUGAAGGUCGUCAAUUGUCAUGAUUCUGUGAUUUAUCUUUUGGCACCGUUGAGAUAUGUAACCGUCUAUGGAUGUUCUGAUGCUACUAUAGUUCUAGGAGCUGUUGGCAAGGCAGUAAGAGUUGAGCACUGUGAGAGAGUGCAUAUAAUUGCGGCAGCUAAACGAGUCUGCAUUGCCAAUUGCCGGGAAUGUAUCUUCUUUUUGGGAGUCAAUCAGCGGCCUCUUAUCGUUGGUGAUAACCACAAACUGCAGGUCGGUCCAUAUAAUACAUUUUAUUCUCACUUAGAGGAGCACAUGGAUGAGGUGGGGAUCGAGCCAAGUAUAAACAAAUGGAGUGAGCCAUUGGCAUUGGGAGCAGUUGAUCCGCAUGACUCAUUGUCACAUCCUGCCGGUGUUUCUGACGCACAGGCCGAGUCAGCUGCUUGUGUGGACCCUGACCACUUCGCCAACUUUCUGAUCCCAAAUUGGUCCGGGGGUGACUCGGUUGGUUCAACGAAAGAUAACCCAUUUCCAUUGCCAGAUGCUUAUAUGGCAGCACAACAGAGAAACCUCAAGAACUUGGAAGAAACGAGGCAAUCGCUAAGAGAAGCGCCUCUCAAAGAAAACCGGAAACGAGAACUUUCAAGUGCAAUCCAUGCAUACUUCAAAGACUGGCUCUACGCGACGGGAAACAUCCGGCAGCUCUAGUGCUUGCAAGGUGACUGAUGAUACGACGGUGGAGGUUCUUGUCCCCGUCCCGACCCUUUAGAGCCCUCUCGAGUCCCUUUCCCUCUCGGCGAAUAAUCGCCCUCGGUGAGGGGUUAGAACGCAUCAUAUAUAGGCAUGCCCUUCUUCUUUAUAAAGGGUUUUAGGGUUUAUCGGUUUCUGCUUUCUGAUCUUAGUAUCCCACUUUUCAAUCCCAUUUUUUGUUUUCUUGAAACCCUAAUACAAUGUCUCGUCUUCUGGGUAUCGAUCCCCUAUUCUCCCGAGCAGAAGAACAUGCGUUGUACACAUUGAUAUCAUAUCUUGAAUGAAAUAGUUAUGUAUAUAUGUGCA